UUUAAGCUGCAAUGUUCAGCAUCUGAAGCAAGUUGGGAGCUGAACACAGUAACCAUGUGGACUCUUUUGGUUCUUUGCAGUGUGAUCUUCUCACACCCAGUGCAAGGUGAAAAAAGAUGGACUGAAGAACAACCAACGGACUACUCAGCUCAGCCCUCUUGUCGUUACAAUUGCGGCUUUCACAUGGGAAGCUGCUCCUGCUCCAGCUCCUGUAAACUCUAUGGCAACUGUUGUCAUGACUACUACUCUUACUGCAGCUACAUCACUGAUUCACCAGUCGAAACCACAACAGAUCAGCCUUCGUGUCUCUACAACUGUGGCGGACACAUGGGAAGCUGCUCCUGCUCCAGCUCCUGUGAAUACAAUGGAAACUGUUGUCAUGACUACUACUCUUACUGCAGCUCCGUCACUCAUUGGCCAGUCGAUCCCACAGCAGAUCAUCCUUCGUGUCGCUACAACUGUGGCGGACACAUGGGAAGCUGCUCCUGCUCCAGCUCCUGUGAAUACUAUGGAAACUGUUGUCAUGACUACUACUAUCACUGCAGCUACAUGUACAGCACUGAUUGGCCUGUUGCAACCACCUCAGCUCCGCCCUCAUGUCGCAACAACUGUGGCAGACACAUGGGAAGCUGCUCCUGCACCAGCUCCUGUCCAUACUAUGGAAACUGUUGCCAAGACUACUCCUCUUACUGCAGCUACACCACUCAUUGGCCAGUCUAUCCCACAACAGAUCAUCCUUCGUGUCGCUACAACUGUGGCGGACACAUGGGAAGCUGCUCCUGCUCCAGCUCCUGUGAAUACUAUGGAAACUGUUGUCAUGACUACUACUCUUACUGCAGCUACACCACUGAAUCACCAGUCGAACCCACAACAGAUCAGCCCUCAUGUCUCAACAACUGUGGCGGACACAUGGGAAGCUGCUCCUGCUCCAGCUCCUGUGAAUACUAUGGAAACUGUUGUCAUGACUACUACUAUCUCUGCAGCUACAUGUACAGCACUGAUUGGCCUGAUACAACCACCUCAGCUCCGCCCUCAUGUCGCAACAACUGUGGCAGACACAUGGGAAGCUGCUCCUGCACCAGCUCCUGUCCAUACUAUGGAAACUGUUGCCAAGACUACUCCUCUUACUGCAGCUACACCACUGAAUCACCAGUCGAACCCACAACAGAUCAGCCUUCAUGUCGCAACAACUGUGGCAGACACAUGGGAAGCUGCUCCUGCACCAGCUCCUGUCCAUACUAUGGAAACUGUUGUCAAGACUACUCCUCUUACUGCAGCUACACCACUCAUUGGCCAGUCUAUCCCACAACAGAUCAGCCUUCGUGUCUCUACAACUGUGGCGGACACAUGGGAAGCUGCUCCUGCUCCAGCUCCUGUGAAUACUAUGGAAACUGUUGUCAUGACUACUAUUCCUACUGCUAUUACUCAACUGAACAACCAGGCACCGCAAGCCCAUGUGGAGGCUCUCUGUUUGGCUCUGGCAACUUCUCCAGCCCCAACCACCCAAACCACUACGACGACAAUGCUUACUGUGUUUGGUAUCUCAGAGCUGCGGACGACCACAGAAUCUUCUUGUCAUUCACGUACCUGGAAUUGGAGAACUGCUGCUCUUGUGACUACAUUUCAAUCUACGACGGGCCGUCUGUCAGCUCAAGGUUUCUGGGGAAAGUCUGCAAUGACAGUCAGAGUACUUUCUACUCUACCUCCAAAUACAUGACUGUGGUCUUCAGGACUGACAGUUCUGUGGUUGGCCGAGGGUUCAGUGCUGAUUUCUUGACCUCUUUACCACCAAGCUCAGGGCGAUUGAGCUGUUCCUCAGACAACAUGACCAUUGCGAUUGAGCGUUCUUACCUGAGCUCGCUCGGCUACGAUGGUAACAGUCUGUACCUGAACGACCCGAACUGCAGACCCCGGGUCAACAGAUAUCAGGUGGUCUUCAAUUACCCCAUUGAUACUUGUGGCAACGUUCAAAAGUUAGAGAAUGGCAGAGUUGUGUACACCAACACAAUCAGAGCCUACACCACCAACUAUGGAGAGAUCACACGGGAGUCUUACUUUAAACUGAGCGUGGAAUGCCGAAUGGAUCAAGACUCAGUGGCUCAGACGAUGUUUCUCAUCCAUCAUCGUGAUAACAGCAGCAUUACAGGGACAGGAAAAUUCAACACCACCAUGGAUUACUACACAUCUAGGAACUUCUACAAUAAGGUGACUCAAGUGCCAUACAAGGUGACGCUCAACCAAAACAUGUAUGUUCAAGUGGAUCUGAAGAGUCAUGAGGGAAACCUGGUCCUCUUUCUUGACACCUGUGUGACCUCACCGUCACCCCAUGAUUUCACCAGCAGACCUUACUACCUGGUCCGUAACGGAUGUACUGCAGACAACACCUACAGGGCUUACACCACUGGCACCAGACCCUAUGCCCAAUUCACCUUUAAGGCCUUCAAGUUCCUGCGAGCCUCAGACUCUGUGUACAUUCAGUGCAAGGUCCUGCUUUGCCAAGCCUCUGACAAAAACUCGCGCUGCCGCCGCGGCUGCGUCAGACGUGUGGCCAGAGACCUGGGGUCAGAACACGACCAGCAAACUCUGGUCCUGGGUCCAAUCCAACUCAAAGGCCCAGAGAAAAAGGAAGAAGAGACUCAGAAGGAGGACAAGGCUUAAACCAAUCUGUAACAAGCAGCUUUAGUCACCUUUAACAAUCAUUACAAGUCUUUUCAUUCUAUCCAUUGUGACACUGAAUUGUACUUUCCUUUCUCAGCUUUUCUCUUAAUAACAUUAUCUGAUUAAAAGCAUUAUCAAAAGGCA